AUGUCGUUCGGCAAGCUCUACAGCUACGCGGGUAACCCGCGUACCACAUCGCUCCUCGCCGUCGCAAAGGAGAACGGCCUCGACGUCGAGUUCGUCGAGACCGAGCCCGCCAAGGGCGUGCCCGCCGAGUACCUGAAGCUUAACAAGCUCGGAAAGGUGCCCACGUUCGAGGGCGCUGACGGCUUCGUGCUCUCCGAGUCGGUCGCCAUUGCUGUUUACUUGGCCUCGCAAAACGAGAAGACCAGCCUCCUCGGCAAGACCAAGCAGGACUACGCCACCAUCCUCCGAUGGAUGUCCUUUGUCAACACUGAGGUCCUCUCUCCCCUCGGCGGCUGGUUCCGCCCCAUCCUCGGCCGCGACCCCUACAACAAGAAGAACGUCGAUGACUCACAGAAGGCUGCUCUCAAGGCCGUCAACGUCCUCGAGGAGCACCUCGCCACCCGCACCUACCUUGUUGGCGAGCGUCUGACUCUUGCCGAUCUGUUCGCUACGAGCAUCCUCGCCCGUGGCUUCCAGUACUUCUUCGAUGCCAAGUGGCGCGAGGAGAACCCCAACGUCAGCCGUUGGUACGAGACCAUCUACAACCAGUCCAGCUACUCCGCCGUUGCCCCCAAGUACGAGCUGAUCAAGGAGGCCAUUAAGAAUGCCGCGCCCCAGAAGCCAAAGGAGGAUAAGCCCAAGAAGGAGCAGGCCAAGGCCGCCCCCAAGCCCAAGAAGGAGGAGGCUGAGGAGGAGGAGGAGGCUGCCCCCGCGCCCAAGGCCAAGCACCCGCUCGAGGCUCUGCCCCGCGCCACCUUUGUCCUUGACGACUGGAAGCGCAAGUACUCCAACGAGGAGACCCGUGAGGUUGCCAUUCCCUGGUUCUGGGAGAACGCAAACUUCGAGGAGUACUCCAUCUACAAGGUCGACUACAAGUACAACGACGAGCUGACCCAGACCUUCAUGACCUCCAACUUGAUUGGUGGUUUCUUCGCCCGUCUUGAGGGUAGCCGCAAGUACAUCUUCGGUGCCGCCUCUGUCUACGGCACAGCCAACGACUCCAUCAUCAAGGGUGCUUUCUUCAUCCGCGGCCAGGAUGCUCUUCCUGCUUUCGAUGUUGCCCCCGACUACGAGAGCUACGAGUUCACCAAGCUCGACCCCCAGAAGCCCGAGGACCGCGAGUUUGUCAACGACCAGUGGUCGUGGGACAAGCCCAUCGAGGUUGAGGGCAAGUCAUACGAGUGGGCCGACGGUAAGGGAUCUGGAGGAGGACCGAGCGAAGACAACGUCACGGGCUUCCUGGUGCGUUCGACGGCUACGAAAUGGUCAAAGAACUCUGUCUUGGCUGUCGAUGCGGGCUCCCACCUCGCAGCAAUCACCCGCAUUCUGGAAAGAGACUUUCCGCUUGUGUCUGAGCCACAUGUCAAAGAGGUGUCAAAGCCUCAGAAUGGUGAUGGGGUCGUUAACGGUAGGGACGUGAAGUCUCCGUCGCCACAUACUCCGUAUGUCUCACUCUCUGACGAGGAAUCUGGUACUGAUUCUGCAAUCUCUGAGGUGGAAGUGCCCCUUGCUAUUACAACGCUUAAAGAGGGCGUCUUUGCCGGCUUACCGUUUCCCCACACGAGCGCCAGGGCGAAUGCGUUGCAUUUGGUGAGAGAGCACGUUUCGACGUAUCUGAUCACACACCCACAUCUUGAUCACGUCUCUGGGUUUGUGAUUAAUACAGCAGCUUUCCACAACACGUCCCGCCCGAAACGCCUCGCAGCACUCCCUUUCACAGUCAACGCCAUCAAAACGCAUAUCUUCAACAACAUCAUUUGGCCAAAUCUCACAGACGAAGACGGCGGCGUUGGUUUGGUAUCUUUCCAGCGCCUUGCAGAGGGUGGCAACAUUGCUCUUGGCCAAGGAAGCGGUAGGGGCUACAUUGAAGUAUGCGACGGCCUCGGUGUCAAAGGCUUCAAAGUCACUCAUGGCCACUGCAUGCGCGGCCACGCGCAUGCUGGCUCCAUGUCGGACACCACGAGUAUCCCGCACAACCUGGGCCUCGAUAUGCGUGAAGGCCGUUCCACGAGCUUCUCCCUCGCCGCGCAAAGCACUCCCGGUACGCCUGCGCUCGAAAGUCGACAGGCUAUACCUGACCAGUGUGCCAUCGACUCGACAGCAUAUUUCAUACGCACAGAGUCCACAAUCACAACGCCGACAAAAGAAGUGCUCAUCUUCGGCGACGUGGAGCCCGACAGCCUGAGUCUCACCCCCCGAACAGCACUCAUCUGGGCGGAAGCCGCGCCAAAACUCGCCGCUGGCAUCCUCACGGGCAUAUUCAUAGAAUGCAGCUACACCAACGCGCAAGCCGACGCCGUGCUGUUCGGCCACCUCUCGCCCCGACACCUCCUCGUCGAGCUGCAGAAUCUCGCCGACAAAGUCCGCGAGGCGCGCAGAGAGCACGACGAAACACGGAAGGGCAGGAAGCGGAAACGCGCAAGUCAAGGUCUGCAUAUUGAGGCUGACAAGCGCACAAGGAGCAAGGCCAUCGACACCCCCCUCGAGGGCACACAUGCACAUGUAUUCCCUUUCCCGUACACGGACGAUGAGCUCAUGACGGACUACUCGCGCGACGCGACGGGCGCUAGUACACCGUGUCUGUCUGUGCUCCCGCCGCCGGCGGCAACGGCGCUGGGCGUGUCGGGUAUCACGCUGGAGCCGGGGAAAAUACAGGCGGAACCGAUCAAAGCCCAAGGAGAACCGAGUAGAGCGCUUCUGGCCGCGGCGUUUGAACCACCGCUCAAGGGCCUCAAGAUCGUGGUCAUCCACAUCAAAGACACGUGUUCGGAUGGGCCGCUCGUCGGGGAGCAGAUCCUCAAAGAGUUACGCGAGGGCGAGGAGAAGUUGGCGGAGCAGGGGAGGGCGUUGGGCUGUGUGUUUGAAAUAAGUGGGAGUGGGGAUAGCUAUUGGUUCUGA